GAAGGUAAAAUUGCUGUCAAUAGUGUCUCUAGAAAUCAAAAUCGAAUCAUGUCGGAUUCAGAGCAGUUAACAAAGACAGAUCUAACUACAGAUGCUAUCCAAAAACAACAAAAUGCAAUAAAACCACAACUUCUUAAUGACGUUGACAUUGUUAUUUCAGUUUCAGAAAACAAACGUAAACUGACCAGUAGAAAAUCUGUUGUUUCUAUGCUUCGCCGUGCAUCGUCUGUAUUCUUAUUUCAGCGCGAUUCCUGUAAAACUAAGACCAAAACUAAGUUAUUUGACUUAUCUCUUUUGAAAGAUCUAAGAUACAGUGCAUUUUGUGUUGCAAUUUUACUAUUUACAUUAGCUUUCUCUUCUGGUAUGGUGUUCCUUCCUGCCUUUGCUAUACAGAUAGGAACAAGUGAAUUUGAAGCCGCGUACACACUAGUUGUGACGGGUGUAUCGGAUGGCAUUGGUAGACUAUUCGCAGGUUUCCUCUUUGACCGGAAGUUUAUGAAACCAUAUCGUAUUUACUUAUACAAUGUUCUAAUCAUUUUCAUGGGUGUUGUUUCAUUGAUUAUUCCAUCAGUAACAACUUUCCCACAGCUAGCCGUAGCUUGUGCUGUGUACGGAUCUAUCAUAGGGAUGUACGUCUCCCAGAAGUCUGUUAUCAUCGUGGAUCUUCUUGGUGUUGAGAAUUUGUCCAAAUCUUUUGGUCUAGUUCUGUUUUUUCAGGGCAUUGGUGUUUUUAUUGGUCCUCCACUUUCAGGUAUGUAUCCAAACAUUUCAUGA